AUGAUUUAUAAUUUCGUUAAGCUAAGCGAAUUGAAAAAUCAUAGUAACAAAGAUGAAAAUUUAUUUGAUGUUGUUGGAAUCAUUAUAAAUGCUAAAAAUUUGGCAAGCAUAACAACGACCAAAUACAAUGACAGAAAGAAUAAAAGAGAAAUUGAGAUCAUUAGCACGGAAUCUGAACCAAUAAUGUUGACUUUGUGGGGAGAAUAUGCAACCAACGAAGGGAGUCAAUUAAUGGAUAUUCAAUCAGAAAAAUCAGUUGUUGCAUUCUCAUCAAUUUCAGUAUCAAAAUAUCAAGGAUUCUCUCUUUGUACAACUGGAUCAACGAUCAUUCAGAUAAAUCCUGACAUUUCAGAAUCAAAAGAAUUACAUAAAUGGUCAACAAUAGAAAUUGGAACUAUGAAAAUAAAGCAGACAAAAUCAAGAGAUACAAAAUACACAGAAGCAGAGCAUGACAAGUGGUUCUACAUUAAAGGAAUGAUAACAAAGAUCAUGAAUGAAGAAACAUGGUACAACGCAUGUGCUAAUUGUAACAAGAAGAUCCAAUCAAGAGGAAAUAGCGUAACAUGCGAUAAAUGUGAAAAGAAAGAUGUACAAUGUAGACCAAAGUACUUGAUAAGAUUCAGGGUUACAGAUUCAUCAGACACUAUAACUAUUACAAUAUUUGAUGAUAUUGAAACAGUUAUAGGAUGCUCACCAAGUGAAUAUGUGGAAUCAACAAAGAAGUACAAAAAUAAAUUACAUUCUUGCGUGUCCAAGAUUUACUAUUUCUACUUUAAAUUGGACAGCAGAAACAAUGAAAGUAGAAUAUCAAGAAGAAUUGUUGCUGAAAAAAUCAAAAAAGAAGAUGCGGAAAAGAACAAGAUCAUUGAUUUGGAAGAAUAUGCAGACAACAAAAACAAGAAAAUUAAAAUAGGGAAGGAUUACCUUUAA